AACGUUCUAUAUACUUGUUACCUAUAAUAAUUUCUGUCAUUAUUUAAGCUGUCCCGCUAUGUAAAAGAAGUCCAGUACAAGGAUCCGAAUGGCGAGGUCAUGAUUUUUAAUGAUAAAGGAGAACUGCCCAGCCCAAUGGAAAUUGUAAAUUGGAUUACAAGAAUUAAAGAUAGAAAUAUCACUAAUUGGAUGUUUGUGGGUCACUUUGAUGGGUCCCUUUCAGAGGGUCAGCAACUUACACUAGAACCAGAGCGAAUAUCAUGGAAAGGAGACAAGGUCCCAAGAGGUCAAUGCUCCGAGGAAUGUCUUCCGGGGUUCAGAAAAUCUGUAAGAGAAGGAUAUCACCCAUGUUGUUAUAAUUGUGCUCCGUGUUCAGAAGGAGAAAUAUCAAACCAAUCUGACAGUGAAAACUGCAUGAAAUGUCCUGAUGAAGAAUGGCCAAAUGAGAAGAAGGAUCGGUGUGUUCCAAGAGUGGUGGAAUUUCUCUCCUACACUGAUGAUCCCAUUGUUGGAGUAUUUUCAGCUGUCUCCAUCCUCUGUUGUCUUCUGACUGGUUUAAUAUUGGUGAUAUUUAUACAUUACCAGGACACCCCCAUUGUUAAAGCCAAUAACCGUAACCUGAGCUUUCUUCUCCUGGUCUCCAUCAUGCUGAGCUUCCUCUGUGUCUUCUUGUUCCUCGGCCAUCCAGUAGAUGUGACCUGCAUGCUGCGUGUCACCUCUUUUGGUGUCAUCUUCUCAGUUGCCGUCUCUUCUCUACUUGCCAAAAGUAUCAUGGUGUGUAUUGCUUUUAAAGCCACCAAACCCGGGAGUCCCUGGAGGAAAUGGAUGGGAGCCAAACUGUCCAAUUUUAUCAUUUGUGUCUUCUCAUUGGUUCAACUCAUAAUCUGUAUCACUUGGUUGUCUAUUUCUCCCCCCUUCCAGGAUUGGGACAUUCACUCUUAUCAGGGGAAGAUCAUCAUUCUGUGUAAUGAGGGUUCAGUUAUCGGCUUCUACUCUGUCCUGGGAUAUAUGGGACUUCUGGCAGCUGUGAGCUUCAUUAUCGCUUUUGUAGCCAGGACAUUACCGGACAGUUUUAAUGAGGCCAAGUACAUCACCUUCAGCAUGCUGGUGUUCUGCAGUGUCUGGAUUGCCAUGAUCCCGGCCUAUCUGAGCACCAGAGGGAAAUACAUGAUGGCUGUGGAGGUUUUUGCUAUAAUGGCCUCAAGUUCUGGACUUCUUGGCUGUAUAUUUUUCCCAAAAUGUUACAUAAUUCUGUUCAGACCUGACCUGAAUACAAAAGCAGCUAUCCACUAAUAUGUAU